GCCAUGCUAAUCUGCAGGCAGGCUUUAGGAAGAGAAGCUUCCAUGCAGCGACUCUCUGAUAAACAGAGAGGGAAAGGGCUGCUGUUCAUGGUAUGGGAGCUCACACUGCUACAGGCUGCUGGCGGAGAUCGAGCUUGCGAAUGCCUGUUCGCCUCUGGCUCCAGUCCUUAUGCUAAGCUAGGAUAAUCACAGGCUGACUCAAGAUACAUACCCCCACAGCAGUUAUGACAGCAGAGGAUCCCAGGAGUCUGUGGGUGUCCAGUCCUGUGGGGGAGGUCACAUUAAUGUCUGAACAUGGGCAAGAGGAAGAGCUCAACAGCUAUCACAUAGAAAUGCCCACUAAGGAAUGUGCAGCAGUCACAAAAAGUUUGUGCAGUGAGGAGCCAUUCUGUCGGAUCUGCCAUGAAGACCAAACCUCGGGGGAGCUUCUCUCCCCGUGUGAGUGCUCCGGUACCCUGGCCAUGGUGCACCGGACCUGCUUGGAGCAGUGGCUCACCGCCUCCAACAGCGGCCACUGUGAGCUCUGCCACCACCAGUUCGCACUGGAGCGCCUGCCAAAGCCUCUUACUGAGUGGUUAUGUUCUCCAUCCAUGCAGCAGCAGAGGAGGACACUCUGUGGUGAUGCAGCAUGUUUCCUCUUCAUCACGCCCCUAGCCAGCUUAUCAGGGUGGCUGUGUGUUCAAGGAGCCAUGGACCUCUACUACACCAAUGGCAUGGAGGCACUGGGGCUCCUGGUCCUCACGCUGGCCCUUUUCACCAUAUAUGUUUUCUGGACUGUGGUGUCUGUGCGCUACCAUGUGCAUCUGUACAAAAUGUGGAAGAAGACUGACCAGAAAGUGAGACUGCAACUUCCUCAGCCAGGCCAAACCACUCUAAACCAACAAAUCCUGUCCAAAUGCACUCUUGGCAAAGCCACCAACAAGGAGUCUGUAGUAGUGUAGACUACAGUACCACAAUCAUAAAGAAAGAAGACAACAUAAUUCAAGACGCUUGCAUGGCGUGGACUCCUUCAAGAGCCGAGGCUGAAGACUGUUUCAUCAGCUCCUGGUCCUUCGGUUUCAACCCGUGUGGAACAACAGAGCAAAAUGUCUAACUUAGAUGAAAACUGACACCAGUCAUUUUCGCAAUGGUGCGCUUUCUCAUUUUUUUUUAGAGCCCUCAGUAACAAUGUCAUCUCAGGGUUUCAUUCCAGCUGCAAUGCUAAAACAGGGACCAACAAAGAAGAGCAACAUCUGAGCCAAAGACAGUGAUACUUGUUCCUGUUCCUGUUAUAUACUGAAUAAAUACGACAGUUACCUACAAUGUUUUUAGGUUAUUUCUAUGAAUAAUAACUGAAAAAGGAAGUAGUAAAAGAAAAUCUAUUCACUGCCUAACUAAAUUUUGGUCCAGUCUAGUAACUGGGAAUUUAAGAUUUUUAUUUAAUAGGCAUUUCAGACAUUCUCAGAUUCCUUCAAUCCAAUAUUGGAUGUCUAUUUAGUUUAUUUUACACCCUUUCUCCCCUAAUCUUGCUCAGACCUAGAACUGUAUCCUGUUAUAUACAGAACCCAAAGCAGAAGGUCCUUCAUCAUUUACCAGCGUUAGAAACAAGACACCACAGUCUGAGGCUGUACGGACCUUUGAGCCACAUGCUAUCGUCACCACGCUGACCUAAUGUUUAGCUGGUACAAUGACAACAUGACAUCUUACUUUGGCAUUUAGUAACAUAAUGCGGCUUUUGUGUGUGUUCUAGGAAUGUUCUGUGUAGCUGGUACACACACACAAACACACAACGUGAAGGAGACUGACAGUUGGUAAAGACAGAAAAAUCUUCACUCAACCUAAAAAAUGAUUCAUCAAGACAAAAAUGCAGUAAUCAGGUUUGUCACAACUCAGAUUUUGCCAAGUAGAACUGAAUGUGCAUCUUAUUUUGAAAUGGUCUUACAUUUAUAUAGUGCUAAUCUGCUCACAGCCCUUUACAAUCGCACAUCAUCGUCAUCUGGCUCAAGCACUGUUCAGUGUGUACUCCAUUUUACUGAGGAUCGAACCUGCUCGCUUACACUCAACCACUUUUUGGAGAACCUUAUUGAAACAAACAGACAUUCAUACUUGGAGUUUUAGAUUGAACUAUAAUAGUUUAGAAAACUUUAUUAGGUUACAGUUUUAUUUCACAACACAUUUAAAUAAGACUAAAUCAAGGAAAAGCCUACAAUGUGCAAUUGGAGCAAUGCAAUGUGAGGGACACUGAGGUUAAGGUUGUGCUAAGGCAUAGGAGCUCUUUACUAACAUGUCACUGUCUUAUUGAAGUUUGUCAGUUUGUUGAAACACCAGAACCAGACAGCAGCUGACAUUUGUACUCUGAAGCCCGGAGCUGGUCCGGGUUUUCCAGAUAGUGAUGACGGCCAGCAGUGGAUGGACAAAAUCACAUGACGGCACAACUGGCCUCCUUAGACAGGUCCUGAGGGCAACAAAACAAACAAACAAACAAAAAAAAGACAGCAGUGUUAUCACAUUUAAUCAAUUAGUAUCAGGGCACUUAGUCUGGCAGCACUACACAUGCUGGUGAAGUUAUAAAGAACUGGGGCAGAAUGUAACUCGGGGCUCAGAGAUUUUUCCAGUAUAAAAAAGCGAGUGAAAAAAAAAAAAGGAAAAAAAAAGGUAAAUCUGUGGGGUGUUUUUCUGCAAAAGCCCGAAUCGGCAAAUAAUUGAAAUAGUUUUUCCAAAUAUGUAGGGUAAGAUUCAGGGAACCUGGAUAAAUCUCUCUACAGCAGUGGAAAUGAGGCCACAGACGCAGGAGCAGAUACCGACCCAUUUUGAACCGUUUUCUGUGAAAUCUGAGUUAGCCACUUGAAUUUAACACUGUAUUGUUUUAAUUUUGCGUUGCCAUGCACAUUUAUGGAUUUUUGCUUUCUGGCAGUGUUGUUUUGGACACAUUUAAUACAAGGGUUAAGCAUAAUGUGCCCUGUGUGGGGAAAAUGCACACAGACAAUGGGAGCAGCAAUGCCACAAAUAUCCACAAGAUGGUGGACAUCUGGCAGUUCAACAGAAUACAAAGGCAACUAGAAAUGUGCAUUUCCUGGAGAAAAUGCGUUUUCCUGUUUCUUCUGAUAAAUUUGACGCUGUAGAAACAGUAGUGAUACCCGAAUCCAGCGUGUGGUGCCACUGUUGGACCACACUGCACAGACUUGGGCUCCAAACCCAGCCCGUAUUCCAAUAAAGGAUUUUGUGUUUUGAA